AUGCCCAUGCCCACAUUCCUGUUGAUCAGUGGCGGCGGCCAAGAACGACGUGUCGAGGUCAUUGCUGUUAUCUGCUCAAGAACAACCACCAUCCCCUAUCCUCCUUCUCAUCAAAGCGAGGGAAACGCUCCGAAGCGUCCAACCACAACAAUGGGUCUGGUCAGCACCGUGAUUGAGCGUGUUGUCAAGGUCAAUGCUGUUAACUGUGCCUCAUUAAACCACAUUGAUGGCCUCAUUCCGAUGCCUAUCAAGGGUCUUGAGGUAGCCUCAUAUGCUGAAGCUGAUUAA